GGAAAGCGCUGUAACCAGAAACCGCCAUGCACCGCAUCCCAGUCUCAGCCAUAAAAGCCCCUUGAAUCUUAGGUAGUGGGUCUAUUUCUUUACUUCAUUGCUCAACCGCGCCAUACGCUGCAUGACAGGACUUUCCAGUUCACCGAGAAUAUCUAUCUGUCUAUACGUCCCUAACUACUAAUCUCGACAAACGUCUAUCACCGCAAAUGGCUCUCAAGCUCUCACUAAAGAAAAACACCCUCCUGAACACCACCUUCCUAACGAGUGAUGGCACCCCCUUGUACACAGUUAAGACGUCGUCGAAGCAGAAUGAUUCAAAGGAAAAGCAGUUGACAACGAUAAUCACGCGAAAGGGUGACAGUGGUAAGGACGUGCAAGUUGGCACGAUCGAAUGGCCAACGAUUGGUAGAGGAGGAAGUCAUCCGACCGUGGUAGUUGGAACCCGGGUAUUAGAGCUAUGCAAGACCGGUGUUUACACUUCUUCAGAGGUUUUCCAAGCGAAGGAUGAACAGUAUUAUGAAUGGCAAAUUCGAAAGUGUCGUCCACAACUCGUGCAUCAAGGUUCUGGAUCUCAAGCACCCAUAGCGACUUUUGUCGAUAGUACUUCACGUCCCUCCCUUUUCUCAGCAAAGGUGCACUCCGCCUCACUUUUCGUCCCUCCAGAAGGCUUAUCCCUCCUGGACGAAAUCAUCGUGACUUUCGUUUACUUCGAGAAUAAAUGGCGAGAGAAGGAACGCGCGAAAGCGAACGCAUCAUCACAUUCAUCAAAGAUCGGAGCGAUGGGUAUAGCGAGUGGAAUAUUUUAAAUCUACGUGCUUUGAUUUGAGUCUUUGGAGUCAUUUCAUUCCAUAGUAUUAUGACAACGAGAAAUAAAUUAUACAGAAACUUGCAACUACUACAAAUAAUAAAUAAUCCAUCAGACAG